GUGUCUGUUUAAAGCCUUUCUACACAAAAUGAGGAACCUGAUUGUGUGUGCGCUCGCCCUAGCGCUGAUGACACAAGCUGUUGUGUCUCUGGAGUGUUAUCAUUGCCCUAAUGGCGGAAGAUGCUUCACCACUCAGAAAUGCAGGGAUGACCAGGAUCAAUGUAUUACCAUGUUCUUCCCUCUCAAUGCCAAAUACGCUAAGCGAUGCUCCAGGACGUACGAGUGUGAAGUCAUGAAGGCCAUGGGGGGGUCAGCAGUAAAGGCCAUUUGCUGCGGCACUGACCGGUGCAACCGAUAGACAGGAGGUCCUGCACACUCAAGACCAACACCAGCAGGGUGUCCCUCUCUCCCUGCAGUGUGACUGGAAACCUCACUGAGGGGCCUUGCUGAAAUCUCUCUCUCACACACGCACAUACACACACCAUAUUAUUCUUAUUUUAGAGAAGAACACUCGCUUGCCAUGGGUGUUUUUAGCAGCUGUACUAGUGACUCCAUGGAGAGCACUAAUAAUAAAAGGAUAUUACAGCCCUAUGUCAGCUGCAGUUGCUUUGCCCUUAUGUCCAUUUAUUAACAUUUUUACAACAUAACAAUCAUUCUCUUUUAACUGGUGCUCAUAAAGAUGAGGGCUGAUAAUGCAGGUAACAGACAGGUGGUGCAAGCUUUCCCCAUACACAGCGCUGUCAGUUCUGAUCUACAGCACACCUGUUAUUCCACUCCUGGAUUCACCUGUAUUUCUGCCAGCACAUCUCAACCCUGCACCACAGCAUCUCCUGCUACUCAGUCCUCAAUAACUUGCAUACACCCCACCCCCACAGAGAACUGCUUAUUCCCUUCAAUCCUGCCUUGCAGUCCCGCUGCUGUUCCAGUCCUGGGCUCCCCUCACAGCUCUGCCAAUGCCCCUCAGUCCUUCCCUACAGACAUCGCAGGCUACUGCACAUCACCCACCCACUCCUGUAAUAGGCUCAUGACCUUUGGGUGAGGUACUGAAGUCCUCAAUUCUUGAUUUUAAAAAACUUCAAGUUACAGACCCCAUGCCCCAUGCUGCAGAGCAAUGUGAAUAACCCUCAGAGUCUCUGCCAAGCUGACCUGGGGGAUGAUCUCAUAUGGCAAUGUUAGACCAGGCGCAUAUGGAUGGGACCCUGAGCAUGUGGAUGAGACCAACUAUCCAGACACCUGGGAAAGAAUUCUCUGUAGUAACUCACAGCUCUGAAGGAACAUUAAGACCUUGGGGCCUCAUCUGGAUGUCAGAGGUUUCAGGACAUUAAAGACACUGUCUGCUCAUGAAACUGCUCA